GCUAAGCCCCAGACGUAUCCACAUCCUAGAGACGCCCCUGCUCCACAUUACUAAAGACUUCACUUGGUCCCUGAACACAUCACACCCGGUGACGAGCCCAGCAGAGGCUCUUCUUCCGGGGGGAAGCCUCCUCUGCCUCCUCUUCCUCCUCAACACUGAGCCUGUUGAACUUCGCGCCGGGGGCUGUAGCGGAGACACGUGAACGCAACGUGCGUCAUGAGGCGAGAGCCGCUGCGUUUCCUCCAGAGAGAUCUGCCUCGGCGCUUUGACCACCGGCCGUUCUCACUACCAGCUGGGGAAAUAAUUUAAAAACAAAGAGAAGAUAAACGUUGCACAUAUAUUCGCGUGAGCGAGCCUCAACUGAACAGAAGACCUUGAACCUAACAUCUGAAAGCCCCGUGACAACCAGGAGCAGACACAUCUGAGUACAGCUUUUAUGGAGACUAUUCUGAACUGCAACCCGGAGGACUUGGAGGAUUUUUACGGCUUAUUGGGAUGUGAUGAAUUGUCGUCGACUGAACAAAUUCUGAAUGAAUACAAGAUCCGAGCUUUGGCAUGCCACCCGGACAGACACCCAGACGACCCCGGAGCAGUGGCCAAUUUCCAAAACCUGCAGAAAGCCAAAGAGGUUUUAUGCAACGAAACCAAAAGAAAAAACUAUGACCUGUGGACAAGAAGUGGAGUUACUAUUUCUUUUCAUGACUGGCAGUCCUUGAAUGACUCUGUUAAAACGUCGAUGCACUGGGCCGUGAGGAGUAAGAAGGAGCCCACGCUGGAGUCUUCACAUGAAGGAGUCUCUCCCCAAGCAGAGGAGCUCCAUGCUGGGCCAGGAGCUCCGAGGAUCUCUUCCUAUGAUGCUGAGCCUUCCGCAAGUGACUACUACGGACAUCGGCGUUUCCGUUGGGCCGCUGACUCCCCGUCCAGCAUGCUGCAGAAGUUCAGAAAUUAUGAGAUUUAAACAUAUCAACGUUUAAUUGAGUUUAAAGGUGUUUCAUAUCUUGUGGCUGUGGGGACCGUGUGCAUUGUUGUUGUUUGUGAAUAUAUCUGCUGUAACUCACCAAAGUUGUUGUUGUGAGUUCAACAAUGUUUCUGUUGCUAAAUGAUUUGUCUUAUGAGACGUGAAGUAUUUUCUUUGUCGUUAGUUUUGUUCAUUUGUUCACGAACACACGAUUAGAUUGUGGAUUAAAUUACCUGUAACUCUGUUAUUUGUGUUGUUGUGUUGUUGUCAAGUCCAUACGGUUGGGAAGCACAGUAUUUCUCAAAGAAGUACACAGUAUUUCUGUAUGAAGUACGCAGUAUUUCUGUAUGAAGUACACAGUAUUUCUGUGUGUGGUACACAGUGUUUCCGGUGGUUAUACGCCAGAUGAACCAUUCGGUGUGGGUUCCGCAGGUCUCUAUUGUGUCCUCUUCCUGUCAUGCUCGUCUCUGCCCGCCAGGGGGCGCCGUUGCCACAGUGAACAUCACGUUGCCCUUUUUUCCUUCUUUCUCUGAACAUUUACGUUCCACAUGUCGGGACGCGUAACUCCAGAUAGUGAGAUCUAUGCAUAAUAAAACUAUAUUACCAACACUU